UUCUGCCUUCCUUCGUUUCGCAAUUUCUGAAGAGCAGAGAGAGAGAGAGAGAGAGAGAGAGAGCUGAAGGAAGAAGAGAAUGGAGGGAGGAGGAGGAGGACAGUACAACCCCCGCACGGUGGAGGAAGUCUUCAGGGAUUUCAAGGGCCGGAGGGCCGGCCUCAUCAAAGCCCUAACCACUGAUGUUGAAGAAUUUUACCAGCAGUGUGAUCCUGAAAAGGAGAACCUAUGCUUGUAUGGGUUUCCCAGUGAACAGUGGGAGGUAAACUUACCUGCUGAAGAAGUGCCUCCUGAGCUCCCAGAACCAGCUCUAGGCAUCAACUUCGCAAGGGAUGGCAUGCAAGAAAAGGACUGGCUAUCUCUAGUGGCUGUUCAUAGUGAUGCGUGGUUGCUUGCAGUUGCCUUCUACUUUGGCGCUAGAUUUGGAUUUGAUAAAGCUGAUAGGAAGAGGCUUUUUAAUAUGGUAAAUGAACUUCCCACUGUAUUUGAAGUUGUAACUGGUGCUGCAAAGAAACAAUCAAAGGAGAAGUCAUCCAAUCACAGCAGUAGUAAAUCCAAGUCAGACUCCAAAGUGCGGGCACCUGAAUCUCAGGCAAAGUAUACAAAAACAACACCGCAGAAGGAAGAAGAAGAGGGUUUGGACGAGGAGGAAGACGAGGAUGAACACGGGGAGACCUUGUGCGGGGCAUGUGGCGAGAACUAUGGGACAGACGAGUUCUGGAUUUGCUGUGAUAUCUGCGAGAAGUGGUUCCACGGUAAGUGCGUGAAGAUCACUCCUGCUCGAGCGGAGCACAUUAAGCAGUACAAGUGCCCUUCGUGCAGCGGCAAGAGAGCACGCCCUUGAUCCAUCUGGUAAAGAUCAAUUUCUCUUCAGCUUAGUUAACUGCUCUGUCAAUUAAUUGUUUCCUUAGCUAUCAUUAGUUGCUGCUACUUGUGACUGGUUGCUCUGCCUUGGAGGUAUCAGAUUAGACAGUUCCUAUUUAUGUUGUACUUGGGUGCUUAAUGUUGGAUCUUGAUGGAGAUUUUCGAAUGGAUAUGGAUUCUGUGUCCUGAUAUUUUUUAAGUUGCUACA